ACGUGACUUGGGAGCCGCUCGCCCCCUCCCCUCUGUCAGACUGUGUCUGCGAGUGGAAGAAAGAUAGUGCGUCGCCGUCGCGUCACGCCCUUCUCUCCUUCCCUUCCUCGGGGAGGGGCGUCUCAUGCCCAGCCGGGAGAGGGCGUGGCCCGGCGCAGUCACGUGCCUCGCGGCCCCGCCCCUCCCCAACCCUGGCGGCAGAGCUGAGGCGUCGCGGCAGCCAGGAGGAGUGGCGGGAGCGGCCGGGCGCAGCGCCGCCUAUGGGGAAGGCAGCCGCGCCGCUGUGCAGCGCCGGCACCCGCGGGCUGGUCUCCUUGCUCAGCGCCGUCCCUUGCCUGGCCUGCAAGCCGCCCCCGCCGCGCGCCCCCACCCUCCUCGUCGCCAUGAGCCUGGCCGGGGCGACCGCCCUCGAGGCCCCCUCGCCGGCCGCCGCCCCCUCCAUCUCUGCCGGGCCGGACACGUACAAGGGCUGGCUCUUCAAGUGGACCAACUACCUGAAGGGCUACCAGCGCCGCUGGUUCGUGCUGAGCAACGGGCUGCUCAGCUAUUACAGGUGCCUCCAUGCUAAUAUCCUCUUGAUUGUUAAUACCAGCAAAUAUGGUAGAAGGACUCAAGCUGAAAUGGCUCACACCUGUCGGGGAACCAUCAACUUGUCAACGGCUCACAUCGAUACGGAGGACUCCUGUAACAUUGUGCUUUCCAACGGGGGAAGGGCAUAUCACCUAAAGGCCCACUCAGAAGUGGAGCGACAGCGGUGGGUCACUGCUUUGGAGCUGGCCAAGGCUAAAGCCAUUCGUAUGAGGAACAACCAGUCAGAUGACUCUGGCGAUGAGGAGCCAGCCUCACAGUCUGACAAGAGCGAACUGCACAGCACUCUGAAAAACCUCUCGAGUAAGCUGGAGGAUCUCAGCACUUGCAAUGACCUCAUUGCAAAGCAUGGGGCAGCUCUCCAGAGGUCCCUGAGUGAGCUGGAGAACCUGAAACUGCCUGCCGAGAGCGGGGAGAAGAUCAAAACAGUCAACGAGCGAGCCACCCUCUUCCGGAUCACCUCCAAUGCUAUGAUCAAUGCCUGCCGUGACUUCCUGGACUUAGCAGAAACCCACAGCCGUAAAUGGCAGCGGGCGCUCCAGUAUGAGCGCGAGCAGCGCAUCCGCCUGGAGGAGACCAUCGAGCAGUUAGCCAAGCAGCACAACAACUUGGAAAGAGCCUGCCGGGGAGCCCCGUCCCUCUCUACCAACACCAGCAGCCGCACGUCCAAAGGAGGGAGCGUGCAGAGCGUGAAACCGGAAGCCAGUGAUGAAGAUGAGGAGACAGAGUACUUUGAUGCCAUGGAGGACGCGCACGCUUUCAUCACAGUAGCUGCGGAUCCGUCAGAGCACCACAGACGGACCGGCAGCAACAUUAGUGGGGCCAGCGAGGGUCGUGCUGAUGACUGGAACCUGGACGACAACGUCUUUGAGAGCUCCUAUCCAGCCAGCACUGACGCUUCAAACAAAGAUGGCGUUCCCAAGAAGAGGAGGCGGUCGCGGAUCCCGGACAAACCCAACUACAGCCUCAACCUCUGGAGCAUAAUGAAGAACUGCAUUGGCAAAGAGCUGUCCAAGAUCCCCAUGCCUGUCAACUUCAACGAGCCGCUGUCGAUGCUGCAGAGGCUCACCGAGGACCUGGAGUACCACGAGCUGCUGGACAGAGCCGUCAAGUGCGAGAGCGCCACGGAGCAGAUGUGCUUUGUGGCUGCCUUCUCCGUGUCUUCCUACUCGACGACAGUCCACCGGACGGCAAAGCCGUUCAACCCGCUCCUGGGCGAGACCUACGAGCUCGACCGCCUGGACGAGCUGGGCUUCCGUUCGCUCUGUGAGCAGGUGAGCCAUCACCCUCCGGCUGCUGCCCAUCACGUCUAUUCCAAACGAGGCUGGACCCUGUGGCAGGACAUCACCAUUGCUAGCAAGUUCCGAGGCAAAUACCUCUCCAUCAUGCCUCUGGGUUACAUUCACCUGGAAUUCCAUUCCAGUGGCAACCACUACGUCUGGCAGAAGGUGACCUCGACUGUUCACAACAUCAUCGUGGGCAAGCUCUGGAUUGAUCAGUCUGGUGACAUAGAAAUCAUCAACUACAAAUCAAAAGACAAAUGCCAACUGAAAUUCACUCCCUACAGCUAUUUUUCCAGAGAUGUCCCCCGAAAGGUGACAGGUUUGGUCACGGACGCUGACGGCAAGGGGCACUACGUCAUGUCCGGCACGUGGGACGAGAAGAUGGAAUGCUCCAAGAUCACGCAGAGCACUCACGGAAAUGGUGGCUCGGAAGGCAAGCUGCCGAAAAUGGUCUACCAGACGCUGUCCCCCAAGGUCCUGUGGAUGAAAUACCCUCUUCCGGAGAAUGCUGAAAACAUGUACUACUUCUCCAACCUGGCUUUGACCCUGAACGAGCCAGAGGAUGGGGCAGCCCCCACAGACAGCCGCCUGAGGCCUGACCAACGGCUCAUGGAGAACGGCAAGUGGGACGAGGCCAACGUGGAGAAGCAGAGGCUGGAAGAAAAGCAGAGGGCUGUGCGGCACAAACGAGAAGCAGAGGCCGUGGUAGCCCUGGAGGAAGGCAAAGACUAUGACGGCUAUAUCCCGCUGUGGUUUGAGCGGAAGGUCGACCCAGUAACAGGGGAGCUGAUGUGCGUUUACAAGGGUGGAUAUUGGGAAGCCAAGGGGAAACAGGCAUGGAGUGCCUGCCCCAGUAUCUUCUGAGCGGCUUCUAAGCUGGGACUGGCUGGUACCAGGAAGGGCCUCUCCAUUCCUGCUGUGGGACAGAGGAGCCGGUAACAGAAGCGCUCCAGGCAGCAGGUCUCCUACUGUCGACACACACACCUCGAGGAAACACACAAGAGUUUAAAUAAACAGAGAUUUUUUAAAAAAAUGGAAAAGGAAAAAAAGACACAAAUCAAACCGAACAGGGACUCCAAAUCUAUUUUUAUGCACUAAUAAAAUGGCAUUUGAUUU